AUGCAUUUGGCUUCACACACUUGGAUGCGCCCAGAACCUCUGGAAAAGACUCUCGAGCGGCUCAGUCGCCUUGGGUACACUAGCAUCGAACUAGCUGGCGAGCCAGAUCAGUUCCCCGUCGAAGAAACGCGCCGUCUCCUCAAAAAGUACAACAUCAAGUGCUGGGGCACAGUCACCAUCCAGCAGGGAAAGCGAAACUUGAUCGCUGCCGAUGCUCAGCAACGACGGGACACAAUCAAUUACAUGAAAGAUGUGGUGACACUGUCAGCAGAGCUGGGAGGACAGAUCGUCACCAUCGUCCCUGGAAAUGUUGGCACAAUUAUCCCCACCUCAACUCCAGAGAAUGAAUGGAAAUGGGCUGUUGAAGGCCUCCGCGAAGUGGCCGCAUUCGCAAAGGAAAAAGGCAUUCGAGUUGGACUGGAGCCUCUCAACAGAUUCGAGACGUACUUCCUCAACAGGACAAACCAGGCUCUCGCUCUCGCUGACGAGGUUGGAUACGAUGUGGGAAUCGCGUUUGAUCCCUUCCACCUGGCGCUCGAGGAGAAGGACCUCUUCGCUGCCAUUCGAGCCUGUCGAUGUCGCAUUGUAGAUUUCCACGUGGGAGAUAACAAUCGCCUUGCUCCUGGCGAUGGAUCACUCGAUUGGCCCAAGAUCAUGGAAGCUCUUGUCGACGCAGGAUACGAUGGAGCUUUGUCGGUCGAAUUCAUGCCGUCGAUUGACCGUACGCCGGUUGGAAAGUUUGAACUCUACCACUCUGCCCAGUCUGGCUGUGACUUUUGCAAGUUCAUCGUCGACUGCUAUAAGGAAACCCUGAUUGAAGAGGCUGGGCAAGCCGAGGGAACCCUACCCGAGAACGGGCCUACUGGCUGGAUAGACACUGAAGAUGCCGCUAAUCAGUCACUGUUCGUGAUGUCAAGGAGACCGGCAAGUUCUCCUGUUAAAAUCGCCAUUGGUGCGAGCCACUUGAUUUUCAAGAACAAAUUCAAAGAUGCCGAGGUGUUUGAUACGCUCAUGGUUGAGGUUGAUGAUUUCCCUUUACUCCAGCUCAAUCUAAUCGCACCUCGAGACGAGGCUGCUACGAUCAGGGGCUAUCGGGUUGGUCGUCACCACAUUGAUCCUGAUCUGGGAUCCUCUGCCAAUCUUAACAUUGCCAAGGGCUGGUUGAACGAUUGUCGACAUUCCCACGCCGCCUGUCACUCUACUGAGACCUCUUACCUCCCGACGAGAGUCUUGGACGUAGGGACACCAGGGGAGCCACCGAGUUGCCGACUUGUUGAGACAGAUGGGAGACGGGGGAGGUAUGUGAGUCUCAGUCACUGCUGGGGUGGCGAGAUAUCGCCAAAACUGACGACGCAUACAUUGCCUGGCUUCCUCGCCUCAAUUCCUAUUAAGGCUCUUCCAGCCAGUUUUCAGGAUGCAGUUAGAAUCACAAGGAGUCUUGGGAUGCGCCAUCUCUGGAUUGACGCUCUGUGCGUAUUGCAAGACUCCCAAGAAGACUGGGCACAUGAGUCAAAAGUUAUGGGUGAUAUCUAUCGAGGCUCGGCAGUCACACUUUGCGCUAUGACAUCCACCGGGAGUCGUGACGGUAUCCUCAAGAAGGCAAGCCAGCCUAUUCCAACACCAAUCUACCUCAGGGUCUUCCCAGACAGAGAUGACGUUGCUACUGUUUCGAAUCUUUACUACACCUCUGCUUGGAGCCAACGUGGCUGGACCUUUCAAGAAAACGCCUUGUCUCUACGGUCACUCUUCUUUGAUGAUCGUCAAAUUUACUGGAAAUGUCCAACACACUUCCGCUCUCUUGACGGUCUCCCGAGCGGAGAUGCGCUUUUUCCGUACCUCUCCCAUCUCAAGCCCCUAGCACCGGUGUUGCAACCCAGCAUACCAAGAAAAACAGACCUUGCCGAUAUCAACGAGAUAAAAUCAGGCUACUAUCAGCUUGUACGCGACUACAGUGACCGGGUAUUCACGUAUGACUCAGAUAAGCUACCAGCAUUCGCCGGCUUGGCCCAAAGAUUUCUUCCCGUCUUUUCUGGCGAAUAUCUUGCUGGCCUCUGGAGCUCUGACUUUGCCCGCGGGCUUGUCUGGCGAGCUAGCAGUGGUCUGAGCUGCCACCAUGUCCGGCCAUAUCGUGCGCCGUCAUGGAGCUGGGCUGCUAUCAACGGUGCAAUGAUGUACAGCACAGUCGGUGGCGACUGGAAGGAUUUGCUAAGCCUCAUUAGCUGGGACAUUCGACCCGUUAGCGGCUUCAAUCCUUUCGGUGAGGUUUCUGGAGGGCAUGCCACCUCCACAAGCGAGCUCAGCGGACUUCUAAUGCCUGCGACUUUUGCCGAAGAAGAAAGGCCCUCCAACGCUCGCAUUCACACCCUUGAAGAGGAGAACGCUCAACUUCGCGAGUUGCUGAGGCUACAAAGCGUAAGCUUGAACAGGGAACAGCCAUCGAGAACUUCUCAACCCUCCUUGGACGAUCCUAUCCUCGUCCCAAAUCACCAUGAUUCCACUUCCGACACUACCCACGUGUCAGAGACUGUCGAUGGUCCUCACCACGACGUAUCUUUGUCUCAUUCUGCAACUCCAGAUGAAGCAAACCAAACUCCCUUCCACGGCCCUUCGAGCGUCGUUUUUGAGCCAGAAUCUCCCAUGCCUGCCCCCGGCGGCACAGUUGAGUCAUUUAAUCUUGUCGCGAAGAAUCAGCUUUUAGCUGAAACGACGAGGCAACGCCAAUAUGAGAUCAUCAACUUGAAGUCGGGAAAGCUCGACUUUGGGGGCAUCGAUCCCGUCCUUGGCAUACAGCUCCUUUCAAAUUUCUGGAACCGCCAACACUACGCAGGUUCCAUCGUUUAUCGACCAGCCUUUAUGAGAGACAUGGUCUGCAAGGGUCCCUACUACUCAGGUUUAUUACUCAAUGCCAUCUUGUUUGCAGGCUCAAAGUAUUCAGAUGACCCUGCAGUGCGAAGCAACGCCAGUGACAAGAACUCGGCAGGACGACCCUUUCGCGCCAAGUUUGAGAGGAUUCUGCACGGUUCACAAGUUUUGUUCAAGAGCCGAGUAACUACCAUCCAGGCUCUUCUUAUUGUCGCUGAUGCGCUCUUCUCUUGGUGUGAUGAGACGAGUCUAUCGUGGCAUUACAUGGGUCUCGCCAUCAGCAUGAUUGUUGAUCUUGGUAUCCACAUCGAUGGCGCUGCGAGUGGCAAAUCAGCAAACUACACACCAGAGGAUACAGAAGUGCACCGGAGAGUGUUUUGGGCAACCUUUACCCUUGACAAAGUGCAAUCGAUAUAUCAAGGCCGACCUGCACGACUACGAGAGGCCGAUAACCGCGUGCCAAUUCAAUUUCUUGACGAGUAUGAAGAACUUGAAGAGUUCAACACCAAUACUUACUCAGAACGUCCGGCACAGUUGGGUUGUCCAACAUACAGCGUCUCGACCUUUAAGCAGCUUUGCAAACUCAGCAUCAUCAUGGAUCGAAUUCUGUGCAACCUAUAUUCAGAAAAGAGUUGUUCUAGGGACCCUCAGGAACUUUUCGAUGCUUCGAAUUCCCUUCAUAGUGAGUUGAAGCGCUGGAGGAGUGAGAUGCCUGCACACUUGCUUGUGCAUCUGAACAACCCUGGCAACUCAACAAUCCUCCCCCACACGCUGUCCUUACUGGCCAUGUACAACUCUCUGGUCAUCUUGCUGCAUCGACCCUUCGUCUCCGACGGCCACCUCCAAUCUGUCUCAUCGUCCGCAGCACGAGACGCGUUCUCUCACUGCGCAGUAGCAGCCCUGGAAAUCCACCACAUGCUCCAAGUCUACAGACAGCACUUUUGUCUCAAAUCAGUGCCUUAUUUCGUCUCGUAUGCUACAUACGUCAGCGCCACCAUCCACGUGCGCAUGGCCGCGCAAAGAGGCCCCGAGUCAGGGGCCCACAAGUACCUUCGAAGCUGCCUGGAGGUUCUGGGGGAGCAUCAGGCUAAGUGCUUCGCUCCAAGACGGACAAUGAGGGUCUUGCUUGCGAUUAUGGAUCGUUUGAAUGUCCAUGUUGGAGACUUUUCGGCUCUCGCCACUUCAAGUUGUCAAGCUGUUGAAGCUGCCCAGCUUGUCGAACCCCCCUCUAGCCAACAGACACUUCAGGCUUUGGACCCCUCAGAACAGCUACUAAACGACCAUCAGGGCGACUUGGACCUUAUUCUGACAGAUUUGGACAUGGAUGAGAUUAUGAAGACCUUCAAUCUUGCCCCGGAAGUCCAGCCCGUGUCCAUCAACGAGGAUCUCAGAGCGGAAAGACUCCUUCCGAGCCAAGACGUACUCCCCCUUUCCGAUGUAUUAUUCGGCUUUGAUUUCAACACAAUUUAA